AUGGAACAUGGCAAAUGGAGUCCUGUUUCAUUUCCGGCUGCUGAUUUCGAUAAAUCUGCGAGAUCCCAGGAAGAGACUUCUUCAUCAUGGACCCUAUUUGCCGAUAGGACAGAGUACAGGGUUAUCCAGAAGGUGUUGGAUGAUUGCAUGAAUAGUGAAGAUGGAAUCACGUGCCUCAAGACGAAAGCGAUCUCGUUCCUGGACCGAGCGGCGAGGCUGGACAGUAUCCCGUUGUUCACAGGAGUGUCGCUGGCUCGUCAACCGGAGGAGGUUGCUGAGAUGCCAGCAAUAAGCGAAGCUGAACUGGAGACAACUCUCCCUCGAGGUUGGAGCCACAAGAACGAGAAACUUGACCAAAUGAUUUACGAUCGUCUGUCCAACUUCUUGGCCAACCACACGCUUGUCAUGGACGUCUCAGAGCAGGCCGUCCAAGAAGUUGAAACAAAUGCCAUGUCUGUAAGGCACUCCGACCCGAACGACGUUUUGGUUACAGGUCGGGUCAGACGUCGGAAGAAGUUGAUGGGCUUCGUGCUGAUGGCUCUGUCUGCAGUGGCUGCAAUGGUGGGACCUCUGGCCUUCAAGAGUCUGGCAGCCUUGGCCUUCAAGGCACUGCUGGUCGCAAAGGUUGCUCUCGUGCUGUCCUCGGUCUUGGCUCUCAAGAAAUUUGUCCACCACGACGACCACAACAGAUCCUUGUCGCUUACGGAGAAAGCUACUGAACAGGCCCACAGAAUGGCUUACAAUGCCCACCUGUGGCACACCUUGACGGAUUGA